AGAGAGAGAGAAAGAGAGAGAGCAUGAGUGAGGGAGAGAGGGGGUCUGCUUCAGAGCUCUGAUAUUCUCCUCACUUUCGGAGACCCAGAUAGAGAGCAACUCCCCAGCGGGUAUCCGAACAGAGCCCAACUUUGACAGACUCACAGCACGGGGCUCCGACAAGAAGAAUCAGCACCUUGGACAGCGACGCGCCGCGGCUCCAGCUCGGUGGCUCAGCCCGGGGGAGAGCGCGCACUGCCCGGCCGUCCACCAGCACCUCCUCCCCGGUCAGGAUAUGCCGCGCUCCCGCUCCCGCUGCCACCAAUACCACUGCAGAAUAAUAAGAGCCGAGAAAUGCCCUUGACAGCAGUCCACGCAGAGUUGUUUUCAGCAUGACGGCAGCACAGGAGACCGAGCGAGUAGGGGAAGACUCGGUGGCGAAACUUACAACAGACUGAAUCCUUGCAUGUUAAAUCACAGUUUCUUUUCCAAACUCAGCACUUGAAGAGUUCUUCGCACCAUGGGGAUAAGACACCUUUUGUUGCUGUUAAUAUACCUGGACCCCUUGGGCGUUCUGAGCGCAGCUACUCCCGGUAAAAAACCCCGACAGCCAAACAAGAAGCUGCAAAAAGCCACUGCGGUCCCUACGGUCGCCCAGCGGGUCACCUCUCCCGCAUCAACCGCCAGCACUCACGACACCUGCCUGGGCUACUACGACGUAAGUGGCCAGUAUGACAAAUUGUUCGUGUGCAACAACACGGACCACCGGUACUGCUGCGGGACGUGCUUCAUGCGCUUCUGCUGCGAGUUCAAGAAAAACCGUCUGAAUCAGGACACGUGCGACAACUACCAAUCACCCAAGUGGGUGCAGACACCCGCCCCGUCACCCAUCCCCACGGGUGACCCGUACGAUCCGAGAAUGGAUCAGACCAACACUGCGGUCUACAUCACCUGUGGGAUCAUAGCCUUCAUUAUAGUGCUGGGAGUGUCGGUCAAAGUUGCGUACGACAAAGCCACAGAGCCGCCUCAGGAAAUGAAUAUACAUAGGGCCCUUGCAGAUAUCCUGAGGCAGCAGGGGCCCAUCCCCAUAUCGCAAUAUGACUGCGAGAAUUUUGCAGCGAUGAACGGCUCACCCAAAGACAACACACCAGUCAGAACCUCAUCCAAGAACCACUACACCCCUGUUCACUCGUCCAAAUCCAACCACGGUCUUCACUAUGGGAAGGACAGCGUUCGGAGCAGUGGAGGCGCCGACCUUCACAACUUCAUCUCCUCUGGUUUCGUGACGCUGGGUCGAGGCCAUCCAAAAGGAGAAAAACAUUGGCCGGUCCGCUCCCAGAGUCACCAUGGUACCCAUCAGCAUAACUAUAACCAUGUGGCUCUAGGUAGCCCUACACGCACACCUAAGAAUGCUCACCGAUCAUUGAGACGUGAAAACAAUCGGAUAAGCGGCAUCCUGACCUCGCAGACGGAACCCUACGACCUGUCUUUCUCACGCUCCUUCCAGAGCCUGUCACACCUGCCGCCUUCCUACGAGGCGGCCGUCAAAGCCGACCUCAACCGGUUCUCGUCCCUGAAGAAACUCACAGAUAAAGAAGUUGAAGACUACUAUACUCGUAAGCGCCACCUGCCUGACCUGGCGGCGAGAGGGACUCUUCCCUUACAUGUUCUCAAAAUGAGUCAAGAGCAGCACCGGGAGCAGCAGCUCCAGAGUCAGCCCCCGCCGUCCUCCAUCUCACAGGCCCCUCCUCAGUCGCAGUCUUCACAGCAACAGUCCCAGCAAAGGCAGAGGCCCCGCCGAGUCCAGAGGGCCAUGUCCCAAGACCGGGUGCUGACCCCGCAGACUGCCCCCCAGCAGGAUUACAGCAUGUCCUCUAAUGGGAUGUCCCCGUAUGGAGGCCGGAUUCUCUCCGAUGAACAGCUCUUGUCUGCCGAUCGCCUUCGAUCCCAGGAGCGCCUUCUUCCACAGGACCGCCACACGUCCCAAGACCGCCUGUACUCCAAGGACCGCAUGUACUCCAAGGACCGCCUCCUGUCACAGGAACACCUCUACCCAAAAGACCGCCACUACUCUCAAGACCGCCUCUAUUCACAGGAACGCCUGUACUCACAAGAUCGCCUACUAUCCCAGGAUCCUCUGCUCUCUCCAGAUAAACUGAUGAUGUCACUGAAGCGUGGCAUGGUCAGCAGCAUCUCUGGUGGCUUUUAUGGCAGCGACAAGUCGAUAUCGCGUGCCAUCUCGCACACAGACGUGUUCAUACCAACCACGCCUCUUAUGGAUCGUUACAAGAUGACCAAAAUGCACUCCCAUCCUAGUGCCUCCAACAACGGCGGAGGCGGUGGAGGAGGAGGGGCACCGGGAGGCGGUGGAGGAGGAGGAGGAGGAGGGGGAGGAGGAGGAGGCAGCGGGCACUCCAACACUUUAGCCAUGAAUCAGACAGCGUCUAAGAGGCAGGCUUUUGCCUCCAGACGGACACAUACUGUGGAACAGCUCCACUACAUCCCACAGCACCACCAGCAGCAGCAACAGCCACAGCACUACCGCACAGGCAGCAAAACUGAGGUGACUGUGUGAGGGGGAGGAAGCACUGCUGUGUGCCCAGGGGUGGGGUGGGGGCGACCGAGGUAGGUGGGUACACUGGCCUUCCGUUACAGUUGGACUGUGGCUAUUUCAAUCUUUGACUGAGGUUUCCUGCAAAGUCAGAGAUUUCAGGACCAAGAAUAUCCACUAGCUUACAGCGAGAGACCGGGAACAUGAACUACACUGUACACUGCAAACACAGGCCCAGCUAGAUCUGAAGCCAGAGAAGGUUGUUGCAGAGAGUGGUAUUAUCUAACUUGCCUACUAUUAUUUCCACUGUCUUGACUACCCUAUUCAUCCACAGGCUACGGCCUCAUUCUGUGUAUGUUUUAGUGAGAAAACACUGAUUGUGUCUGUCAAAGGCUUUAUCAGCCCCCCUUUGUCGAACAAAUCUAUUCUGUGACCUUUUCUGGCGAAUCUUAAAGGGCUUUGCAUGGUUAAACACAAGGACCGAUUCCUCCGUGACUUCUGUUGUGCAACACAACGCCACCACAGGUGAUGAACUAGGAUGAGCCUGUAAUAACUUUAUAAAUAUAUAAAUAAAUGAAUAAAAAACAACCAUUUGUACGCCCUGUCCUACUCAUAGCGCUAGAGAAUCUCAAUGAGAGAAACUGAAAUGGAUGUUAUUAGCACUUCGAUUUGGUGCCUCUGACAGAUGUUCCAUUUCUAAAAAUGAAGUGGUUUUGUGGGUUACAAAGCACAAUCAAUAAAAAAAAAAUUCUGUUCCAUUUUGGAUUUUGUUUUUGAGUUUCAAUAGUGAUGGCUAGCUUGUUUUGUUAUUAAAGCGAUGGCAGGUUUAUUUCCUUUGGGUUUUUUUUUUUUCUUUUGCUUCCAGUAGACAAUUGUAAAUAAGCUAUUCUAGAAGCAGUAUUAUGGACAAGUCUUUACUGAAUGGACUUUGUAUUAGACUGUCUGUUUUCAAUAGAUUCUUAAAAAAACAACUAUAAAUCAUCACUGUUUCGUGAGUUCAGAAUAGAAACCCACUUAACCAAGUAUUUGACAGGAUAAAUUAAUACUAUACUGUGUGUGUCUUUGCUAAACUGUUUGUAGGACAAGAAGUGAAUGAAUGUGUUGUUGAUAACAGAUAUACCACUGUUCAUAUUUGGAUGUAGACUGUGUUCCAUCAACAUCUGAGGAGUUGAACAUCAUGGAAACUGAUUAUAAUGCUUGUUAAAGUAGGGUCAAAUAAACCAUCCAUAUUUUUCUAAACAGUCAA